UUGUUAACAUCAGGGAUUUCCUGAGGAAAAAGGACAAAAUGCCUUUCAAAGGGUUCCAUUCGCUGAAGGAAAGAUUUUUUAACCCAGGAAAGGAAGAGGUGAAGAACACCGUUAGCGACUCGCUGGGGAAUCUGCGAAGGAAAAUCGAUGGCACCAACAUCGAGGAGGAUCACAUUGAGUUGACAGAAGAGGGGAGGCCUGUGCAGGCCAGCGCCCGCAAGCCGCAAGUGUGUGACUGCUACUGCUGUGGACUGCCCAAGCGCUACAUCAUUGCCAUCAUGAGCGGCCUGGGCUUUUGCAUUUCCUUUGGAAUUCGGUGCAACCUGGGUGUUGCCAUCGUGGAAAUGGUGAACAAUAGUACUGUUUAUAUUAAUGGCAAGCCAGAGCUGCAGAAAGCCCAGUUCAACUGGGAUCCAGAGACAGUGGGACUCAUACAUGGCUCUUUCUUCUGGGGUUACAUUGUGACACAAAUUCCAGGAGGAUUCAUCGCAAACAAAUUGGCUGCUAACAGGGUGUUUGGAGCAGCUAUUUUUUUAACAUCUACACUGAACAUGUUCAUCCCUUCUGCAGCAAGAGUCCAUUAUGGCUGUGUGAUGUUUGUAAGAAUUCUGCAAGGUCUGGUGGAGGGCGUCACCUACCCAGCCUGCCAUGGGAUGUGGAGUAAAUGGGCUCCUCCACUGGAGAGAAGCAGGUUGGCAACGACAUCGUUCUGUGGAUCCUAUGCAGGUGCAGUGGUUGCCAUGCCAUUGGCAGGUGUGCUAGUACAGUACAUUGGAUGGUCAUCAGUCUUUUAUAUUUAUGGAAUGUUUGGGAUUGUUUGGUAUAUGUUCUGGCUGCUUCAUGCCUAUGAGAGUCCAGCUGCACACCCAACAAUAACCAGAGAAGAAAGGGUAUAUAUAGAAACAAGUAUUGGAGAAGGAGCCAGCCUUGCUAGCACAAACAAAUUUAGUACUCCCUGGAAAAGAUUUUUCACUUCAAUGCCAGUUUAUGCAAUCAUUGUGGCUAACUUUUGUAGAAGUUGGACCUUCUAUUUGCUCCUUAUAAGUCAGCCUGCUUACUUUGAAGAAGUCUUUGGAUUUGCAAUAAGUAAGGUUGGCCUUUUGUCUGCAGUUCCCCACAUGGUCAUGACAAUCAUCGUACCCAUCGGAGGGCAGAUAGCUGACUUCUUACGCAGCAGGAAGAUUUUAACUACUACCACUGUAAGGAAGGUCAUGAAUUGUGGAGGCUUUGGGAUGGAAGCAACUUUGCUUUUGGUGGUUGGUUAUUCUCAUACAAAAGGUGUGGCUAUUUCUUUUCUGGUGUUAGCUGUAGGUUUCAGCGGCUUCGCGAUUUCAGGAUUCAAUGUGAAUCACUUGGACAUAGCCCCACGUUAUGCCAGCAUCCUGAUGGGGAUCUCCAAUGGUGUGGGGACGCUGUCAGGCAUGGUGUGUCCACUCAUCGUUGGUGCAAUGACAAAACACAAGACCCGCGAAGAAUGGCAAAAUGUCUUUCUGAUCGCAGCCCUGGUGCACUACAGUGGAGUAAUAUUCUAUGCUAUUUUUGCUUCUGGGGAGAAGCAGGAAUGGGCUGACCCUGAAAACCUGAAUGAAGAGAAAUGUGGUAUAAUUGAUCAGGAUGAACUGGCUGAAGAAACAGAGAUGAACAAUGAAACUUUUGUAACUCCAAAGAAAACAUAUGGUGCUACCAGUCAAAACAGUGAAAUACAGAGAAGGGAAUGGAGAAAGCAAAAGCAAAUGACUCAAGACAUGGAAGAACAGACUUCUUACCAUUACGAAAAUGGAAAUUUUCAAGAUUUGUCAUAAAUACUUGAAAUUGUAAGGUUUGUAGAGCAGCUAUUCCCAUCUUUCCUUCCGCAUAGCUGCCC